AUUUUCAGCUUAAAAAUUGUUCGAAACUAAUUAAUAUGAUUGAAUGGGUACCUUAUGAAAAAUUUGAUGAUGUUAUGUAUAAAUCGAAAGGCGGAUUUUCAACUAUUUAUACCGCUACAUGGAUUAGUGGUUGGAUUACUAACUGGGAUGAACAUGACCGAAAAUUCUUAAGAUCCGGGUCUCAAUAUGUAGUCUUAAAAGCUCUAAAUGAUUCUAGCGAUCCCAAUGAUGGUUUCUUCAAAGAGGAUUACAUGUUAAUUUUAAGCAUUGCACUUGAUGGAGAUCUGAAUGAUUACUUAAAAAGUAAUUCUAAGAUCACUUGGUUAGACAGAUAUACCUUGCUUUAUGAUGUAGCCUCUGCUAUUGAAGUAAUUCAUAAUAGUAAUAUGAUACAUAAAGAUCUUCACCCUGGAAAUAUCUUAUUAGAUGGAAAAGCGUGGUUAUUAUGUGAUUUAGGAUUUUGUGGACCAGCUAAUAAGGGACAAGCAUUCGGAAUCAUGCCAUAUGUUGCACCAGAAGUAUUAACAGGCGGAGGUUAUACAACUGCAUCCGACAUAUAUAGCAUUGGAAUAAUUAUGUGGAUAAUUACAUCAAGAUGUCAUCCCUUUAGUGAUCGAGACUAUGAUAAUAUUCUUGCCACUGAUAUUUUCUUUGGACUGCGACCAACAAUUAUUUCUGGGACUCCUGAUAAUUAUGAAAAGUUGAUGAAAGAAUGUUGGGACGCAAACCCUUCACAUAGACCAAAUAUAUCAGUACUUUGUAAAUUUUUUAUAUCAAAAAAGAAUGAAAUCAUGAAUGGAAAAUAUUCAUUUCCGGAAUUGAAUACAACUCCGAAUUUAUUAUCCAAAACAAGCAAAAUUAUUGAUUCAAAUAAUAUUAAUGAAGCUAUUCUAAGGAAGAAGAAAACAAUUGAAACAGAUGAAAUUGAAGCACUUUUAGAGUAUAAUAAUCCG